GAUUUACUGGAGAAGAAAGGGGGCAACAACGGUGGUUGAGAGGAAGGAUCACCGAGCUUCCAGAGGAACUUCAUUUUCUGGUUUCAUUUUCUGGGUUUCAUUGCCUUAGGAAGUGAGAGUCGAGGCAAGGUUAACCAGGGGGAGUGAUGAACUAGACGGCUAGUCAGUAUUUUGGACUUAGAUUCUUUUUGGACUUAGGCCGUUAGCCAUACAUGUUUGACAUAGAUGUGAACUGAUAAAUCUUUUUUUCUUUUUUUUUUUGUAUAUUGAGUUUCCUUGGUUAUAGCCAUGAUUGUUUUAUAAACUUUGUACAUUUGGACUAGUAAAUUUUUGGUAAUUAUGAACACCACUGUAAUCAUAAAUGGGUAUUUUUAAUAUUCCCAAGGAGCCAGAAUUUAGUUUCCAAGGCAGUGGUUCCUUUGCUCCACCCAUGUUGAUAUCGGCCUUGCAGGCUCAAAAAUAUCUCAUAAAUGGUUGCCAAGGUUUCUUAGUUUCUGUCACUGAUGCUAGUAGUGUGACCUUGAGACUAGAAGACAUCCCUGUGGUGUGUGAGUUUCCGGAUGUAUUUUUGGAGGAUCUCCCAAGUUUACCUCCAGAUAGGGAGAUUGAAUUUGCUAUUGAUCUUGUUCUUGGUGCCGGACCUAUUUCCGAAGCCCCGUACUGUAUGGCUCCUGCAGAGUUAAAGGAGUUAAAGGUCCAGCUGGAGAAACUCCUUGAGAAAGGGUUUAUACGACCUAGUUUGAAGACUAAACCUGAUGAUGUGCCAAAGACUUCCUUCCGUACCCGCUAUAGUCACUAUGAAUUCCUGGUUAUGCCUUUUGGCUUAACAAAUGCCCCUGCAAGAUUUAUAGAUUUGAUGAAUCGGGUAUUUAGCAAGUACCUAGAUAAGUUUGUGGUUGUCUUUAUUGAUGACAUUUUGAUUUACUCUUCUAGCCAUGCUCUUCAUGAAAAGCACUUGAGGACAGUUCUCGAGACAUUGAAAAGUGAGAGGUUGUUUACUAAAUUUAAGAAGUGUGAAUUUUGGCUAGAUAAUGUUGCAUUCCUAGGUCACGUUGUGACUAAGGAUGGCAUCUCUAUUGACCCCCAGAAGAUUGAGGCCAUGGUGGAUUGGAAAAGGCCGAAUAGUGUUGCAGAAGUUCGUAGUUUUCUGGGAUUGGCCGGUUAUUACCACCGAUUUAUGGGGGAUUUCUCUAGAAUUGCUCUGCCAAUGACUCGUCUGAUCAGGAAGGACACCAAAUUUGAGUGGACUCCAGAGUGUGAGAAAAGCUUUUUGACCCUUAAAGAGAAAUUGGUCACUGCCUCUGUACUCGCACUUCCCAUCAAUGGGGAAAGAUUCAUUAUAUAUAGUGAUGCCUCUAAAAAGGGUUUGGUGACAGGCUGUGUGUACCAAGAGAUCAUGCUUUAAGGCGUGAGAUUAUAGGAGAUGCCCAUAAUACUAGUUACACAGUUCACCCAGGUAGCACCAAGAUGUAUUGUGACUUGCGUGGUACAUUUUGGUGGCGGAAUAUGAAGAAGGAGAUAGCCAAAUUUGUCUCACAAUGCCUGACUUACCAG